AUGAAUGUGUGCCUAAUCAUAUUGUUAAUUAAUUUAAGUAAUGCUCAAUUUAAUUUAUAUCUUGAUUCAAUUUCUGUCGAACAAUUAUUUGAAUUAAAAGGAUAUCAAUUACAUUUUAUCGAUGAAAAUCAAAUUCGACAGACAGCGCUGGAAACUCCUUUAUUAGUAUCUACUGAUAUGCAUUUCGUUGAAUUCACUUGGAAUGCGCAUAGUUUAAAAACUGAUACAUCUCAUAUAUACUAUCAAUACAAUACAAGUUCGAGCAACGAACAAAUUUUAUUACAACCAGUGUUAAAUAUAAAUGAAAAGGGCAUUGUGCCAAGAGAAGUUUCAACAUUUGCUAUAUUUUUUCCUUGUUUAACAACAAAUCGAGUUAAUGCUUCGGUAAUAUUUCGAUUUUAUAACUCAACAGCGAAUGAUAUAUCUACGACUAUAAAUUUGAAAUUUUUAAAAUAUUGUCGAGACGCAACAAUUAAUAAUUCUUUACUUGCUCAAUUUUAUAAUUCCGAUCAAAUCAAUUCAUAUUUACUCAUUAAAGAAUCAAGAAGUCGUGAUUUAUUUUCAAUAUCAAUCGCAACUAUAUUUACUUAUUCAUUAAUUAUUGCAGUUGCUGUGUUCUUAAUUGUAUUUUGUACGGCUAUAACUUUAUUUUGUCUUUACCGAAUGACAACAGAAAACAAGAAAAUGCCAAACGAUGCAAUUGAUAAUUAUCAAGAUCAUCCAGAACUGCCCGUAUCAUUCGACAUGACAACUUUUGAAGAUGUUAGUCUCUAUUCAUGUACUCAAUAUGAUUUUACAAAAACAGCUGAUGAUCUAUUAUCUUCAACAACUUUUGCUGAUUGUACUAUUGAUCAAAAUCGUGUUACACUACAUGAGAUUAUUAUGGAAGGUAAAUUUGGCCGCUUAUUUCAUUGUUCUUUGAGUGAUCCAUCAACUAAUAAUUCAACACAAAAUAUCUAUGGAAAAACUGUCAAUUCAUCUGUAACACCAAUACAACUCAAUCAAAUGUUACAUGACUGUUGCUUAUUUGCUACAUUAAAACAUUCGACUUUAAAUAGUCCUUUGGGCAUUGUCUACAAGAAUGAAUUAUCACCAUAUCCAUUAAUUGUAUAUCCGUACAGCAAUAAAGGUAUUCUAAAACGAUUUAUUAUUCAAAACCGAACUAGUGCUCGAGAACAAUUGUUAUCCACACAAGAGCUUGUUUAUAUGGCCAUACACAUAGCCAAGGGCUUACAUUUUCUACAUAGACGUAAAAUUUUAAUGAAAGAUAUAGGUACAAGAAAUUGCCUGUAA